GGUUGUGUGUAUUAAUAUUGAUAAAAAGAGAAAGGAAGAUUACAAAGUUUGAGAAAGCUUCUCUACUCUCUCACUUUGAUAUCUUCACUCUUUCUUCUCUUUUCUUCUCUACCCACCAUGGGUGGUGGUGAAAACCACCGUUACCACCACCACAAGAAGAUGAACAUGAACCCCCAUGAUCAAGAAAGGAACACAUUCCUUCCAAUGCUAUGUUCAAGACCUUCCAUCAAAGACGUGUCUCUCCCAAGAUGGAAGAACAACCCUCCAUCAUCAUCAUCUUCUUCUUCUUCUUCUUCAAACGAGCCUUUGUCACCAAGAAUUGGUUGCAUGGGUCAAGUGAAGAGAAACAACAAGAUUGCAGGCUUCCCAACUUCUUCAUCAAUCUCACACAGACUCAUCACCACCACAACCACUUCAUCUUCUUCACCUUCACCGGUUUUCAUCAAAUACACAAAACUCAAGAGCAUCUUCAUCACUCCCAAACACUUUCUCAACACUCCCACAAGAACAAGAACUACUACUCCUACUCCUACUGUUAUUAAGCAUCAUCAAAGGGUAGUUGGAAAGAGUAGUGGCUAUGGGGUUAAUAGUGAAAGUGAGAAGAAGAAUCUUGGUUGUUCAUCAUCUUCAUAUUCUAUAGUAAGCAUUGAUGAGAUGGAUCCUCCAUUGCCAGUGCAGAUAAAGAAGGAGAAGGAGAAGGUGGGAGAAGAUAAAGAUAGUCUUUGGAAAAGGAGAAAAUCAGGUUCACUCCAAAGCUUGCAGCUUCAACAACACCAUCCAAUCAUUCCUCUUCACCCUACAACUCUUUGAUUUGAUUUCUUUUCAUGGGAUUACUUCUUUUCUUUCUUCUAUGUGGAAUCUUCACAUAAAAGUCAAAAGAUUAU